UCCAAAAUGCUUAAGCUUGUUAGUCUCGGCUAAUGAGGUGGGGAGCUGAAAUGCGACCUACAUGCCCCACCACGGCUGUCGCUCAAAUUGCAUAGGCGUCGUAUAUUUAUAUCAAGAAUACCCAUCAAUAAACAGCUCCAAUGAAUCAAGGAAGAUACUUGUACUGUCACUAUUUUGUUGAAUCUUCUGAAUCUGAAAGCAUUGUUAUAGCAACACAUCAUGGCUGAGACUAUGAGGACUUGGAGGUACGGAAAGCUCACUGGGAAAUUGGAAGAUUUUCUUGUUAGGACUGAGGCUGCUCCAUGCCCGGAGGAGAAAUCCUUGACGGAGAACCAAAUCAUUGUGGAAGUCAUCACUGCGGCGUUGAAUCCAGUGGACUUUAAGCUACCCGAGUCAGGAUGGGUGGGAGAGGUGAUGAUAAAACGACCUGCCACGCCCGGUCUAGACUACUGUGGGCGUGUCGUGGCGAAGCAUCCCAGCAACAGUUCCGUUGCAAUCGGACAUCUAGUGUUCGGCGGACUACCUGGAGGGGGGCAAUGGGGAACCGUUGGUCAGCGUACCCUCACGACUAUGACUGAAUGCACCAUUCUUCCAAAGACCAUCGACCCAGAUCACGCCGCGGCAGUGGGGACCGCAGCAACAACUGCAUAUCAAUCUGUCCUCUUCCAUGUCAAGGAAGGCGACAAAGUUUUCAUCAAUGGUGGUAGCGGUGGUGUCGGAACUUGGGCCAUUCAAUUUGCCAAGGUGAAGGGUGCCGAAAUAGUAGUGUCCUGCUCGACCGCCAAUGUGGCCCUGUGCAAACAGCUCGGAGCUGAUGAGGUCAUCGACUACAAAAAAGCAGACUUAUUCGGCAGGCUGAAAGCUUACGGGCAAGUCUUCGACGUUGUGAUCGACAAUGUCGGCAGCACUGAGGUUUACGAUAACCGUCUAUUAUACCUCAAGGCUGGGGGAUGCUUCGUUCAAGUGGGCACACCAAUGACCAACAGCUUCAUGCUUAACCUUGCCUUACGGCAGUUCUGGCCAACAAUCCUAAACCAUGGUCAAAGGAGAUUCAACUUUGUACGACAGAAUAAUGCCUCCGAAUAUUUUCAGCAAAUUGGGCAGUGGAUGGUCGACGGCCGCGUCCGUGCAGUGAUAGAUGAGAAGUUUGACUGGGAAAAUGUGCCCGCGGCCUUAGCGAAGCUGAGACGAGGGCGUACACAGGGCAAGAUUGUCAUUCAAGUUGGAGAGAUCUGAAAGGAUUCGAAGUUCAUAACUAGGUGUGAGCAUGUGAGUGGGUGAGAAGCCCACUCUACAACCUCGAUGCGUCGACACGAGGACAGGCCGCGGGGGGCUACAUAAUCACUUCCUUGUGGCUUAGUAAAAAUAUAUUGGUUAUUGAGGGCGGUAAAUGUAUUGCGCCCAAAUUCAGAUAAGAUUGAUGUCGUGAGCUACGACAAUCUAGGUAUGCCACCAAGACAAGGCAAAAUGACCAACGUUAACAACACAUUACUUGAAUGAUAUUUCUCUCGAUACACAAUCACAGGUGUAAGGGGACAACAAGAAUUUCAGGCUCUAAUUCUCACCUAGCCUCAAGCUUUCUCUCGUAUAAUCCAGCUUUUUAUGGCAUUUGAUUUUGUCAUGUUCGGUUC